AUGGGACACCGAGAACUCACACCGGUCCAUGUGCCACUUCGAACGUCGAGUCGCAAACCGGCACAACACGAACCAAUGAACACCCAGGAACAGACCCGAGUCGACCGACGAACCUCGAAGGCCCAAAGAUUUUUCGGAACCGAUAUAUCACUUCCCACGGAACAUGGCGGGUGGCAGGAGCCUCCAAAUGUACAACGACCGAGCUUUGCGAAGCCGAAUAAUGCUCCUAGACAAGGCACCGGUCUGGUUCCGUUUCCGCGUUCUUCAGAGAAUACCUUGAUUCCCGAUCAGAACCUUCGCGUACGGGCUUCAUCGCCUCUGCUAGGCCAGGACUUCCGAUCCCAGGAGGCCGCGCCGCCGCUUCCCAAGUCUUCGAAAAAGGUUCACCAUUCCGGUUCCUCGUCCACCCUUUUCUCCUAUUUCAGCUCGAAAGAAUCGGCCAAAUCGGCCAAAUCGCCUAAAUCGCCUAAAUCACCCAAGAACCGUGGACUCCAGCCGAGAGUACGGCACGAACUCUCCAGUGAGCCCCAAGUGACAUACACGAAGCCUCAAGAAUCACCGAAAGAAUCCAAGCGGAAGAUGCGUCCUUCAAAAAUUGAUCUUUCCGUCUUGUUCCCGAAGCCGCGGAAUCCCCAACCCCAAACACUUCUGUCCCCCCACCGGAUGGUCAACUCGCCCUCCCCUGUCUCUUCAAUGGACCCGGAUAUUUCUUCAAACAAGAUUGAAAGGAUGACCGGCGGCAUGAGCAACUCCACCACGAGGAGAUACGACGCACCUCCCCCUCGAUCUUCAAUCACCAAGAAUGACCUACCCAAAAAUGGUCUUGAUCACUUCGAUUUGCCCUCGAUUGCAGAGAGCAAAAGUAACGAGUGGUUGGAGCAACCGCUUGAGCGGACAGUAGGAACGAGUGAGAUUGAUAUAGCCCUGGAUAGAUAUGAGGGGCAACGAUCACUCUUGAGUCGCUCGAGCACGUAUACUACCAGUCAAGAGCAAUUACGGCCAGAACAGCAACGCCCCCAGGAACCUCGCAAGAGCUCAAGACGUCCUCACAGCUCCUCUCGACCUAAUGAGACGUACUUGAGUCCUCCCUCAUGUCCAGACACAAACCGUGGUCGCGUCGCGAGUACCUCCCAGGAGUCGUGGAAGACUAAUGAGUCAAAAUCAAAGAGCGAGAAGAGCUCGUUGACCAAGAAGGGCAGCAAAAGUACUUUGAAGAACAAAGAUCUGCGAAACACCAGUAUGCUUUGCCUUUCCUCUUCUUCAGAGGACGAGGAUGAGGACCGAACUCCAACCACCGACAAGCGCUAUACAAACAAGUCUAGAAGAGACAGUGUGGCUACUUACGACGAAUAUGAGCCCCAGCUCUACACGGCUUCUACUGCCCACGCGACCACUGCCACGGCGGCGAAACGCUUUGACCGGAGACUCUCGACUAGCACGCGUGGCUCCCGCCAAACCGAAAAGAGCCUGCCAGUGCUCGAAGCUCGCCCACGAAAGGCUUCUCAAUCCUCGAAUGGCAAGUCUUCUCAGAAAUCUGGACGAACCACGCAAACCCGCCGUUCGAGCGAAGUUCCCGCUAUCCCAGAUGACAUUCUGGCGCAAUUCCCACAGCAGCCUCUACGUACCCCCGCAGAGUUGAAAGAGUUGAACCGGAGGAGUCGUGUGAUCGCCGUGACCCGCCAAGAGCAGGAUCUCCUCGAGGCGAUGCGUAUUCGAAAGGGCAAGGUCACACCCAGUUUGUUGAAUGCGCACGGAGCGGAUAGAAGAUCGCUAGCCUCUGGCCCAUCGCGCGAUUCUUUCUGCGGAUCCGACACCUCAUUCUUGCGUCUCAGCCAUGUAUUCCCGCCAUUCGAUGCACCGUCAGAAAAGGGUGCUACCCAAUACAAAGAUGGAACGCCCUCCCAAAGCUCGGGCUCGGAUAGUGAAUGGAAACCCCGCACUGCAGUUUCCUCCUCUAGUCUCAGUGUGGACUAUUCCGAAAGCCUGCCAUCUCCUUCCACCAGCGGUGCUUCGCCGCUGACCCCCACUUUGCCAAUUCAUCGUUUCUCGCCGCUUCCCUCUUCCAAGCCCCCAAGAGGGCCCCCACCGGCUAUCCCUCAAGAGCAGAAGCAGCACACCCGCCGUCGCACCGAUAGUAGCGAGGCUAUCCUGCUGGAUAGUGGUGGUGAGUCAAAACGCAACACCGGCCUUCCUCUCUGGUCUUUCGACUUUGAUUGGAACCAGGAAAGUGCCAAUCUCCCUCCUGUGCACUGA